AUGCUCAUCAAGCAAACCACAUCGGCAUUCUUUAGUCAACUCGACGAACUAAUUCGUUCCGAAAAUGACGGCAAAUCUAGCUCGGCCUCUGUUUUGGCCAAGCUUGGGACGCCUUGUGCCUCGGUUGCUAUUAUGGAAGACGGCGUCAUAUCGUCCCACUGCUUCUCAGCUGGACUAGAAAACACAGAGACUGUUUUUCAAGCUUGCAGUAUAUCGAAACCAACAUUUGCGGUUGCAUUGCUGAAGCUCGUUGACGAGGGCAAGAUUACACUCGACACCCGCAUUGGCGAUGUACUACCACAAGAUGUAUUAAAUGCCUUGACAAAAGACACUUCUGCUGCCGAGAGCUCUGCCGUCAAGGGAAUUACCAUUUCACAACUUCUAAGCCAUACUUCUGGCCUCUCUCAAGGUGGCUUCCCCGGUUAUUCUGUCUUGGACGAUUCUCGAAUUCCAACACUGCGCGAAGUUUUAUCCGGAGCGAAUCCUGUCAACACUCUGGAUGUGCACUUGCAAGGGUUCCCUGGCCAGUCGUACUCUUACUCAGGCGGCGGUUUCGCAGUACUUCAACUUGUCUUUGAGACCAUCACCAAGAAAGAUUUCGCCACGGCAAUGCAUGAUAUCCUACUAGGACCUUUGGGAAUGACGAGAUCCUCAUUCCACCCGUUACCGACUCAAGAGAAGAAUGCAGCCAAAUGCCAUUGGAAUGGCUAUACUCCCUGCGAAGAUGCUCAGCGAGUCAACCCUGAACAAGCUGCUGCAGGUUUAUGGACUACACCAAGUGACCUCUUGAAGCUUGUCAGAGCUGUACAACAGUCUCUCCAACGUUCCGACAACACUGGCUUUCUUCGACAAGAAACAGCUAAGAGUAUGCUGACAGUAGUGAAAUCAGAUGUCGCUCUCUCAUGGUUUAUUCCUGGAGACCUGAAGACUGUCUUUAGCCACGGCGGUAGCAAUUGGCCAGGCUUUAGAACUUAUGUUGCUGGAUACGCCGAUCUUCCGGGGGCAGCCAAGGUAAAGAUACCAGAAAACUGCGGCAUCUCCAUCAUGACGAACGCCGUUGAGGGAGACAUUGUGGUAUGGAAACUACUUCAGGCUAUUGCGUAUUUGAAGAAAUGGCCAGAGAUCCCUUUGCCGCUAGGUUAUACAAGAGUCCUGCCAUUCAGAGCCCACAGAGGCGAAACCGGCACGCAGUGGAAGCGUUGGUUGGGUAAGUGGACAUGUGGUGAAAAGGGUUGGAGCAUUGAAGCCAAUGAAAGUGGGAACCCGACGAUUCGAUAUGGCCAAUUGUCACCCUUCCCAUUGGUAUCAGCAGCAAUGUCGGCUACGAUUAGGGAUGGCAAAACACAAGCUACUAACCUGAUGGUAAGCGGACUAGACGUUCUGGUAUACUUUUGUGAAGACGAUACAAUCGAGAUAGUCAAGGGAAGGGGUCAGCAAACUACCAAGUUGACUAGGGCAUGAGUUUGUCUACGCACAAUUUUCUAAAUGUAGAGGUAUAUUAUACGAACG